AAUCUCUGAUUUGUAUGUUACUAUAGCAUAGCAAAUAAUGAUGCUUGCAAGAAAAUUAUUAGGUUAACAGCCAAUAGCUAAUGCACAACUGGCAGUUCUGCAGGAAAUCUUCAGUUUUCUUCCUGGUUCACAAAUAAUUUCUGUAUUUUAAUUUGUUAUUAUUUUAAUCUAUCUUUGUGAAGCAAACAUCUUUAUAUCUGCAAAUGAUUUACACUGUGCUAUGAAAAUACUGCAAUUAAUAAUUGAUUGCAAUAAUAAGAGAGUGCAUUUGCUAUUCACAUGCACAUAUGAAGGCACAUUCAAGAACAUGCAAUACAAAGGAAUACCACUACUACGUUUAUCAUUUGCACGUUUAACUGCUAAUGAAAUUUACUUUUAAAAAUAUCAAUGUCAUGCAAUCACUUAAGUGACUUCAAGAAUAAUAUUUGCAGCUAAAUUACAAAAAUUCAACUGUGCCAAUUCCUGACCAAACAUAUGCAAUUGAAUGAGGAGCUAUCAGUAAUAAAUUAACCAGAUUAAUGUGUACGUAACAGCCUCAGAGUGGUACAGUGCUGCUGUUAGUUUCAAAGUUCACGUAUGAACUUCUUUUUGCACUGCACAUGUGGCUUAUGAUGAAGCCUGAAUGAAAGAAGAAAUUAAGGGAAAAUAAGGUUUGUGGAUAAAAGCACAGACAAUGGCAGACAGCAAUGAGAUGACCAUCAACCUUGUUGUCCUUGGAAAAACUCAGACUGGCAAAAGUGCUGCUGGGAACAGCCUGCUGGGCAGUGCAGACUUCGAGAGCCGUCUCUGCCCCAGCUCUGUGACUACGUGUUGCAGCCUGGGACGCAGCGGCCGCAUUUUGGGGCUCAUGCGGAGAAAUGGCCGCGAGUCAGCUCUCCGCGUUCGGGUACUGGACACCCCCAGCUACCCCCACAGUGCUCUGAGCAAAGAGCAAGUGAGAGCCACGGUGAGAGCAGCCCUGGCUCAGCACUUUGGGGAGGAAGGCCUGCACUUGGCCCUCUUGGUCCUGAGGGCUGACCUGCCUCUGUGUCCAGAUGAAAGCGAUGACACAGUUCAGCUCAUCCAGGAACUUCUGGGUCCCACAUGGAAGGAUUUCACUGCAAUCCUACUUACUCAUGCAGACAAGGCAGAAGAGGCUGGAUACAGUGAGGAAACAUAUUUGCACAGUGCCUCAAGUACCCUGUUGUCACUUUUGAGCUCAGUACAGGAUAAAUACAUCUUCUUAGACAACCACAACAGCAUAAUUAAAGAAGAAAGAAAUAUUGUCCUAAGAAAGCUCUUGAAUUUUAUACAGAGAAAUAAUUAUCAAGUACUUAAGCACAGGAAGGAAUAAAAUUAGCUUUAAGGUGCUCACUCGUCUAUUUUCUACAGUAGGUAACAUCUAAUAGAAAUGUUACCUACAUUUUGUUACGUUUUAAAGAGUAAAAGCCAUCAACCGGAAAACUCCACAUCCAUACCAAACACCUUUGAACACACAAUUAGAAAAAUCUCUUUAGCUUAUGAAACUCCUUACCUUCCACAAAGUGCCUCACAGUACUGCACUCAGAAUCCUAGGUUCAACCACAAAAUCAGAACAAGCUAGUGCUCCAAAAUCACGCUCCUAAUAUGUGUUUAAUUACAAAUGGGAUUUUAUAUUACACCAGAAUGUAUAUCCCAAUUCAGACAGAAUACAGAGACAGAAUACAGAUUUGGAAGAAUAAAGUAAAAUUUAAAAAGAAAAAAAAAAGUAAAAAAAGAAGUAAAAAAGGCAUGAGUUCAGACUCAGGGGAACUCUUUGCUCAAUUCUUCAAGCUUUCAGAAAUGCCUCUGAACUUCCAUUUCUAAAAAGGAGCUUUCUGGUACUAAAAGCUAAGAUUUAUCUGUUGUAAAAGUAUUCCCUACCAUGAUUCAAGAUUAGUUAUAACUGAGUUCUUGAACUACAACAAUUUUAUUUAAUAAGACAUUAUAGAAAUACAGUUUACAAGGCAGAUAAAAUGGCUUCCAUGUGCCUAAUGCUAUUCAGCACAUUUAAAAGAACUAAUUACUAUUGCUUAUUGCCAGAUGCAUGAAAAACUAACAGUUUACAGUCACAAAACAAAACUCAUUGAAAAAGAAAAUCAGUUCAUCUCUUCUUUACGCAUGUUCCUUUUAAUUUUAUAUCACUGUCAUUUUGUUUUCUCUCCACUUACUGGAUGAAGUUCAAAGCCUGCAAAAUUUAGAAAGGCUCAAGUUUGUUUUUAAUUUCAGUAGUUAAAAUAGUAUUUACUGUUUCAAUGGUUAUACAGCAACAAUUUAAUUUAAUAUUAUAUGCAAAAAUAUCUGAAGUAUCUCUAUAUAGCUACUUUAAAGGGUUAUUGUAAAUGGAUCCAAACCAUUUAUUUUCAUAUUACUCCAAGUAAAGAAUUAAAAGAAUUAAUUUUAUUUUCUAAAAAUUAAAGAAGCUAUUUCUGUUAAAACCAAAGCAGUUUUCAUAUAAAAUAUCAUUGCAUAAAAGCACAUUGAAA